UUUUUUUUUUUUUAUAUACACAUAUAUCUAUCUAUUCUCCUUAAACAAAUAUUUAUACGCGAUCAAGACAUACAAUAUAUAAUGUCACUAGUCGAUAAAAAGAACAACGAAGAAAAACCACCUGCUUCUUUAAAGCAAAUUCUCGAACGAUCCAAAUUAACUAACAAUAAAAUUCUUCCAAAAGAAUUGCCAUUUAUUGAAAGAGGAUUAAAUCAAAUUGAAUCACAAUCAAAGAAACUCUCUGUAAAAACAACAAAUACUGAUGAAGGAGUAGAUAUUAGAGCGUAAAUAUUUCACAUAUAUAAUUUUAACGUUCAAGUAAUAUAAACGAUUAAAUGAAAUAUGUAUUUAUAUAAUAGACAUUACUUUUUAGCACAAGGAG